AGAAGGAAGGGGACCACCCAGAGUUGGGGGUGUCCGACAGGGAGAGGUGUGCCCAGAAGGGGCCCCGCGAAGGACCUCCCUUGCCCCCGGGGCUUUGGGCUGGACACGGGCGGCCUUCCCGCCAAUCCCGAGGACUCAGGGUCGCGUCUUCCCCUCAGGAACGCCACUGCCUCCGCAGCGGGGGACGCAGGGUCCGGAAUCCCCUUGGGGGAGGGGCCCCUCGUUGUGGUCAGGGGCGCCGGGGCCACCCGGUGUGAGCGUCACCGCCCCACGCACCCUCCCUGCUCUGUGAGGAGGUGGUGGCGGCUGGCGUUGGCCUGUCCCCUGCCGGUCUCAGUCCGGGGCCCGGAGCCGGAGCGCACAAUGACCGUCCCCCAGAGGCUCGCGCGGGCGCUCGGCCACCGCGUCCCCGCCAGCCGCUGGGGGCCCACGCUGGCCGAGGCCGAGGGCGGUGUGUGCGGCCUGGCCACCAGCGCUCGCGCCCGCGCCAAAUUCUACGCAGAUCCUGUGGAGGCCGUCAAAGACAUCGCGGACAGGGCCAAGAUCAUGGUCAGUGGCUUCGGGCUCUGCGGGAUUCCAAAGAACCUGAUUCAGGCGCUGCUCCGCACGCGCGUCAAAGAGUUGAUCAUGGUCAGCAGCAACAUGGGCGUGGACGGCUUUGGGCCGGGCCUGUUACUGGAGGCCAAGCAGAUCGCCCGCCUCAUCUGCUCCUACGUGGGGGAGAACACGCUGUGCGAGCGCCGGUACCUGGCAGGCGAGCUGGAGCUGGAGCUGACGCCCCAGGGCACCCUGGCCGAUCGCAUCCGCGCCGGGGGCGCCGGGGUGCCCGCCUUCUACACGCCAAUGGCCUACAGGACCCUGGUUCAGGAGGGAGGCGCCCCCAUCAGGUCCGCGCCCGACGGCCACAUCGCCAUCAUGAGCCAGCCCCCAGAGGUGAGGGAGUUCCACGGGCACCACUAUCUUCUGGAGGCCAUCACCGCCGAUUUUGCUUUGGUGAAGGGGUGGAAGGCCGACCGCGCCGGGAACGUCAUCUUCAGAAAAAGCGCCAGGAAUUUCAACGUGCCCAUGUGCAAAGCUGCGGAAACUCUGGUGGAGGUGGAAGAAAUCGUGGAUGUGGGGACCUUUGCCCCCGAAGACAUCCACGUUCCUAACAUUUAUGUCAACCGCGUGAUUCAGGGAGAAAAACACGAGAAAAGAAUUGAGCAUCUAGCCCUCAGGAAGGAGCAUGAUGAAAAAGCCGAGUCUGCAGAUGACCCCGGCGCCCGAAUUGUCAAGCGGGCAGCUCUUGAAUUUGAGGAUGACAUGUAUGCCAAUCUGGGCAUAGGAAUCCCGCUCCUGGCCAGCAACUGCAUCAGCCCGGACAUGACUGUUCAUCUUCACAGUGAACAUGGCAUCCUGGGCUUGGGGCCGUUCCCACCCAAAGAUGAGGUGGAUGCAGAUCUCGUCAACGCGAGCAAGCAGACGGUGAGCAUUUUCCCCAGGGGCUGUUUCUUCUCCAGCGAUGACUCAUUCGCCAUGAUUCCAGGCGGGCACCUCGACCUCACCACUGGAGCCAUGCAGGUCUCCAAAUAUGGUGACCUGGCUAACUGGAUGAUACCCGGGAAGAAGGUGAAAGGCAUGGGGCGGGGGGGCAUGGACUUGGUGUCCAGUCCCAAGACCAGAGUGGUGGUCACCAUGGCGCACUGCACCAAGGCCAACGAACCCAAAAUCUUGGAGAAGCAUACCAUGCCGCUGACUGGGAAGCGCUGUGUGGACCGGAUCAUCACUGACAAGGCCGUGUUCGACGUGCACAAGAAGAAAGGCCUGACGCUGAUCGAGCUCUGGGACGGGCUGACCGUGGACGACGUCACAGAGCACGGGCAGCCCUUCGCCGUGUCACCGAACCUCAGACCCAUGCAGCAGGUGGCUGCCUGACCCAGGGAAGGAAGCCCUGGUCAGAGGGUGUGUUUCAUUUUCGCCACUGCCUCUCACCCAGAGAGGGUGUCAUCACGCCUGUCCGUUCGUCUGACCGGUUCUCCUGGCGUCUCAGACUCAGCUACCGCCAGACAGACUAUUCUCUCAAGAGGAACAUGGCUUUAAUUAAAAACAAAAGGAGAUCUUUGGUGUUCCUCUUGCAUGUUCUGUGAGUCCUGAGUUAGGUCUGGUUCCGUCGUCGGGCACUCGGACGCCCUCCUCACUGUGAUGUUUACGUUAAAUUCCUGCAGCUCGGAUCAUCCCACAGGAAGGCUUUCACCGAGGAGCCUUCUCUCCGGAACGAGCCACGAUAUGUGGGGGGAAGUGAUGAGGGAGGAGUAACCACCCCCGUAUCCCCAAGGCUCCUUCCAGUGUCAGCCCCUGCAGCUGACCCCCCUCCCGUCCCAGCAGGAUCGUUCCUGAGCGGUGCCUCUAACGUGUCCGGUGCAUUUGUUUGUGGGAGGUGAUGUCAUAGAUCAAAGUUUAGUCUCUGGACUGAUUAGUGCAACCAACUUGGCCCGGGGCCCCAGGUCUAGAGCCCAGCUGUUUAAGGGCUGACCUUUGCCAGCUGAGCAGGACUGGGAUGGUUUCACAGUGAAUCAGGACACCCGCUAAUGGAACAGACACAUAGCAUCGUGUAUGUGUAUGUCUGUAUCCUGUAUGAGAAGUACACGUGUGUUCCAUAUGUACGUACGUACAUGUGCCUGUGUGUGUGUGUGUAUGUGUGUCAGGGUGGCAACACUGAG